UUUAAUCCUUUGAAGAAAUCAAUUCUAAAGAUCCUCUAAUAAUUAAUUAAUAUUAAUAUAAUAUGCAUAAGCAAAGCUCAUUACAACACUACAUGGAAAAAUUCUACUAAGAAGAUGGAUUCAUGAAAAAUAUCUACUUUUUAAACUUUUAUUAGGGUACCAAAAAAUGGUGACUAAUACAGAGAGAUUAAGGGCAUUUUUCAAUAACAGAUGGCUUGUAUUUGUGGCUUCAAUGUGGGUACAAUCAGUAGCAGGAGUUGGGUAUUUAUUUGGAAGCAUAUCCCCAAUAAUUAAGGGUACUAUGGGAUAUAAUCAGAAGCAAAUUUCUUAUUUGGGUGUGGUUAAAAACUUGGGAGAUUGUAUUGGAUUUGCUGCUGGUGCUUUGUCUGAGAUUUUGCCAUUUUGGGGUGUUUUAUUAGUUGGGGUUUUGCAGAAUUUUUUUGGGUAUGGAUUUUUAUGGCUCAUUAUCUCCAAUAAAUGGACUAGUUUACCUUUAUGGGUGCUUUGCAUUGCAAUAUUUGUAGGAAACAAUGGUGAAACUUAUUAUAACACAGCUGCCUUAGUCUCAUGUGUGCUGAACUUUCCUGAUAAUCGUGGCUCGAUUGUUGGGAUUUUGAAAGGAUUUUCUGGGUUAAGCGGAGCAAUUUUAAGCCAAACGUAUCACAUCUUUAGUGCUACCAAUCGCGCUUCACUCAUCUUAACAAUAGCAGUUUGUCCCUCAAUUGUUGUUCUUACCCUAAUGUUUGCUAUUAGAUUUGUCGAUGAAAAUCGACAAAAGAGGCCUUCUGAUAAGUUAAGCUUCUCUUUUGUCUAUGGAAUUUGCCUUAUUUUGGCUGCUUAUUUGAUGGGUUCAUUACUUCUUGAAGACCAUAUGAUCCCAUCUUUGAGCAUAUUGUGCUCUAUAAUCUUGCUCAUAAUCUUGCUUCUCCCAUUGAUUGUGCCUAUUACGUUGACGUUUUCUUCACAAGUGCACGAUCCUAUCGAAGAAACCUUGAUACCCGAAUCAAGAAAAUAUACAUAUGAAGAAACCGAACCCAUCAUGAGUGAUGAAGAGAGGAGGAAAAGAGUUCCAAAACUAGGAGAAAAUCACACCUUUAAGGAAACAUUAUUGACAACAGAGUUUUGGCUUAUGUUUGUUUCUCUUAUCUUGGGUUCUGGUUGUGGUAUUACCAUUAUUGAUAAUAUGGGCCAAAUAUGUGAAUCUCUCGGGUAUUCCAACACUCGAAUCUUUGUCUCGAUCAUUAGCAUCUGCAACUUUCUUGGUCGCGUUGUUGGUGGAUACUUCUCUGAGCUAGUGGUUAGACACUACGCGUAUCCUAGGCUUGUGGCAUUGGCCAUUGUACAAUUCAUCCUAGGAAUCGGGCUACUAUACUACACGAUGGGAUGGCCUGCAUCGAUUUAUACAUUAACAGUGCUAACUUCUCUUGGUUAUGGAGCACAUUGGGCGAUUUUACCAGCAGCAGUUUCGGAGAUGUUUGGGUUGAAAAGCUUUGGUGCUUUGUAUAAUCUCGUUACACUUGCAACGCCUAUUGGUUCUUUCGUUUUCUCGAGUGGAUUGGCAAGUCGAAUAUACGACUACAAUGCCGAGGAACAAGCUAAAAUGCAACUUAGAAAUGAAGAAGAUUCGCUCACUUGUAUGGGCAGUGUAUGUUAUUCUCAAACAUGUGCUAUUUUGUGUUUGGUUAUUUGUGUAGCUAUUGUACUAAGUCUGAUUGUUGUUAGGCGCACUAGGUGCAUUUAUAAACAUCUUUAUGAGAAAUUAUGAAGUUAAUUGAUGUAAACAAUAUGUUUGAGUGAUUAUAUUAUCUACUAUACUAUUGUACAUUAGUUGAAAUUAGUAAUACUUUGAAGUGUUUCAACAACUU